UGCUUACAGUUCAGAUGUGGUUUCUGGUUACGAGGUGUGUGCUUUAGCCGAGGAGCACGGGAGCAAACGGAGCUACAUUUGGCGUUGAAUCCUGUCGGGGCUAAGCUAACGACUCUUACCUGGCACCGUGACUUGCUAACGCUUGAGAACGGCCAAACACCGGCGACCUGAGCGUUCUCACUCCAGCAAAGAGAGGUGCUUACUGAUUCAAAUUGGAGCCGACUGAGCAAGUACUGAGAAACUGAUGAGGACUUGCUAAUGGAAAUGGAUGAUAAUGGCCUACAGGCCUCUUGCUGUGAUACAAGAUGGUCGGAGCAACUGUCAGGCCUUCCUCACAAGCUCCUGCACCGCCUGAUGCCUUUCCAAAGGGAGGGAGUGGAGUUUGCUUUAUCGAGGAGCGGACGAUGUAUGAUUGCCGAUGAGAUGGGUCUCGGGAAGACCGUGCAGGCCAUCGCAGUGGCGUACACCUUCAGGCAGGAGUGGCCCCUCCUGGUGGUGGUGCCCUCGUCCCUCAAGUACCCCUGGAUCGAAGAGCUGGAGAGGUGGAUCCCCGAGCUGCAGCCUGGAGACAUCAAUUUGGUGGAGAACAAGAGCCACACCAUUGGCAUUGGUAGCAGUAAAGUGACCGUCCUGGGCUAUGGCCUACUCACCACAGAUGCACGCCCCCUGGUGGAGGCACUGAGCGGGCAAAGGUUUGCCGUGGUGGUGGUGGACGAGUCGCAUUAUCUCAAAUCCAGGAACGCAGCGCGGACGAAGAUUCUCGUUCCUCUCAUUCAGAGCGCCAAGCGCGCCAUCCUGCUCACCGGUACCCCUGCUCUGGGUCGACCUGAGGAGCUAUUCAUGCAAAUUGACGCCCUUUAUCCCAAGAGGUUCGGAACCUGGACUGACUAUGCCAAAAAAUACUGCAAUGCCCAUUACAGGUAUUUUGGGCCUCGCAGGCAGUGGGACUGUCGCGGGGCGUCCAACUUGGAUGAGCUGCACCAGCGGCUGAGUCAGAUCAUGAUCCGUCGUCUCAAAGCUGAUGUGCUCAGUCAGCUGCCCCCCAAAAUCCGCCAACGUAUCCCCUUUGACCUGCCCAAGGAAGCUGCAAAGGAGGCCUCGGCUAGCUUCGCCGAGUGGGAGAGGCUGAUGAAGAGCCUGGGGUCGGGGGCUGCUACGACGGACACCCCCUUCACUGAAGUCAUGGGCCUGGUCACGCAGAUGUACAAGCAAACAGCCAUCGCCAAGGCGGGAGCUGUGAAGGACUACAUUAAGAUGAUGCUGGAGGCAGAGCAGCUGAAGUUCCUGGUGUUCGCCCACCACCUCACCAUGCUGCAGGCCUGCACCGAGGCCGUCAUCGAGGCCAAGGCUGGUUAUAUCCGAAUCGAUGGCAGCGUACCGUCAUCAGAGCGAAUCCAGUUGGUCCACAGAUUCCAGAGUGACCCAGAAACCCGAGUGGCCAUCCUCAGCAUCCAGGCAGCUGGACAGGGUUUGACCUUCACCGCUGCCAGCCACGUGGUGUUUGCCGAGCUCUACUGGAACCCCGGUCACGUCAAGCAGGCUGAAGAUCGUGCCCACCGCAUUGGGCAGACGUCCUCCGUCAACGUGCAUUAUCUCAUUGCCAAGGGCACCUUCGACACCGUCAUGUGGUCCAUGCUCAACAGGAAGGAAAAGGUGACUGGCAGCACUCUAAAUGGAAGAAAGGAAUAUCUGAAGGCCGACGAGGGCGACAAGGACAAAUGGGAGUUCCUCAACUUUGCCAACGCGUGGACGCCAAGUGAGAUGGUGCUGCCGCUGGAGGGAAGCACAGGAAAUGCCAAAACCGACGUCUUCUUUACUCAUUUUGAGAAAGAAAAGCAGCACGACAUCCGUUCCUUCUUCUCCCCGCAAGCUGGCAAGACGAAGAGGAAGAGAACAGAAGAUGAAGAAAGUCCCUCCAUCUCCUCAGAGACGGCUGCCACGCCAGCUGGCAUCCGGGUAUACUUAGAAAACAGCGAGGAGGGGAACGAGGAGUCAUGCUCCCAAACCUCCAAAACGCCCGAUCGGGAUUUCUCGCCCCAGCUGAAAAGGCUGCGAACACCGCAGCCCAACCGGAGCCCCACGUCUCGAUUUGGGGGGAAGCGGAGGUCGUCUGCUGGGGGGAUCAGCGCAGGCAGACCUGCCAGCGCGGUCUCCCUAAUGUCUCAGCCGUCUGAGCCUGAUCCUGCAUCCGUGUGGAAUUGCGGGGCCUGCACCUACUCCAACAGCAGCCUGUUGCCGUACUGCGAGAUGUGUGAGUGCCCGCGCUCUACCUCUGCUGUCAGCUCAGAGCCACCCAGGCCUCAGCUACCCCCUGCAACCCAGAGGGACCAGGCUUGUGUCGUUCUCUCCAGCUCCGACAGUGAGCCAGAGCUCAGCUGCGGAAAAGCCCGGCCUCAGAAAUCACGCAAAGGCAAACAGAGCAAAGAGGGGGAGAUGGAGGAGAAGGAGGCUGAGCCUCCCAAAGACAAACAGAGAGUGGGAGAAGCAGAGGAAGAGGACAAGCGGUGGCUCAAAGGCAAACAAUCAGUGGGAGAGAGAGGCGACGUCGACGCUAGCGGUGGUGGCAGCCUCCCCCCUGACCGCACACAGGACUGCGGAGCUCUGCCGUGUUUGUCUUCUGCGGCUGAUGCUAAUGAUGAUGAUGGGGGCAAUGGUGGCGAGGACGCCAACAACGCCCAUCCCUUCUACCCAGGCCUGCAGUUCUGCGCCAGCCGGUACACAGACCGAAUAUAUCUUUACUCCAAGGACGGAGCUUCGCUGAACUUGAGUUUCAUCCCAUUGGACAUCAAACUAACCAACUGGGAUGACCUGCCCGAGGCCUUCAGCCGGCGCAGGGAAAAUCGAAUACAGGUGCUGAGGUUUGUUAUGGAGUGGAGCGGCCUGCCAGCCAUGAAGCAGAAACUGCUUCGACGCAGCGGUCUUCUCUUCCACAGCCCUACCCUGGGCUUGCAGCAGCUGUCCGCCGCCCAGCGCCCUCACUCGAGCACCAAGAGGUACCUCGGUCGUGACGACGUGGCCGAGGCGUCUCUGAGCAAAGCCCAGGAGGAGGGAGGCAGCGUCCGACUGGUCACAAAGGAGAACUUCUUCACAAAGAGGAGGUCUGCCUCUUCGCUAACACCACCUGCUACACAGAGCAGGCAGGACAAUCAGUCCUGUAGGACAUCAGAUGCACAGUCCUCAACAGAGUCCAGCUACCUGCAGGCUGUGGACAGUCAGGGUGUCCCUCUGUGUCUCUCCUGCCAGCAGCCCUGCUCUACCACAGGUGGAGCGUGGGACACUCGAUUCUGCAGCCACAGGUGUCAGGAGGAGUUCCAGUUGCGCUCCAGCCAGACUUACAUGCGGUCUCAGGUGUUGGAGGCAGAGCGCGGCAUCUGUCAGCACUGCGGCCUCCACGCCCAUGACCUGUUCAUUAAGGUUCGUGAUGCUCCACCCUCCCAGCGAAAGGAGAUCCUGGAGAACACUUGGCUCACCCAGCUGCCACUCAAACAGCUGAACGAGAUGAUCCGAGCUCCUGUUGAAGGGGAUUUCUGGCAGGUUGACCACAUCCGUCCGGUCUACAGCGGAGGAGGCCAGUGCUCUCUGGACAACCUGCAGACACUCUGCACUGUCUGCCACAAAGCCAGAACAGCUCAGCAAGCCAAAGAACGAAGCGAGAGCAGGAAGAGUGCUGCAGCUUCCAAGGUUUCGUCAGACAUCAGCAGGUUCUUCGUUCGGAAAGAAAACAAUUAGCUGGGACCUGUUACGCUUUCACUUAUUGUCAGUUAGGGAUAGAGCGAUCCAAUACUUGGAUCAGAUAGCCUGACACCAAAAGCUAGAUCAGACAUCCGUGACAGGGCUUAGCUAUGCUCUUCAGGUCUAUCAUGUUUUGUGUUUACUACCCCACGCAUCGGCAGCAAUCUGCUAACUUCCAGCAGUCAGCUAACAGCAAAGCAACAGUAGUUCAAAGUGUUUCGCUACAGCAACACCAGUUUGUCUUAAUAUGCGUACAAGUGAGUUGGCACGACUGAAGAGCUUCAGCGACAGCAGUUCGGUCUGUUUCUCUUUCUCGUUCAUUAUGUUUGGUUUAACACUUGUUUGGAAGCUUUUGCGUCACUCAUGGUAACUUAAAGGAAAUUAAAGGAGAAACUGUGACUAUAAAUUACAGCACUGUGCUGUAAUUAAUCCUACACAAGGUUGAAAUAACGCUAA